AAAUUUAAAUUAUCGAAAAAUUUUCAACUCUAUCACAAGGGGUCCAUGGACCCUUUAUUUUCGGACUUUACUUGUGACAACCAAAUUGCAGCUAUAUUUGUGUUUCUAUGUCAAAUAAUUUAUUGCAUGUUGAAAGGUCUACUGUCAAUUCUAAUUGUUGUUAAUAAAUGUGAUUCUGUUGUUAAAAUGUGACUAAAACUUAAUUUGAUUGUUCAAUUUAAGGAGAUUUUCACGUCAACUUGAGAAAAGAAAAUAUUAAAGGAAAAAAAGAGAUUUCGAGAAACCAGUUGCCUACCGUUUAACCCAAAAAAAAUGCCUAUUUAUACAAAGAGUUCCAGAUGCUUUCCAAAUGAAUGCUACAUUUGCAAAUCGAGAGAAAAUUUAAUAAGAUGCGAAUGCAACAUGAUUUCUUACUGUUCAGAGGAUCAUCGACAACAACAUCUAUCAAUUCACGAAGAGUUUUGCACAGCAAUAAAAGAAUUGUUGAAAAAAAAAGGAAUCACUCACAUUUAUCAAGAACUUAAUACUAUAGAUGGUUUCGAAUGGAUUAAAAAAAGAGACAAAAUUCGUAAGGAAAUCAUAAGACAACUGAAAGGACUGGAAGGAACUUUAAGUCCACUGGAGAAUUUUAUGUUUUAUACUCCACGAAUUUGUUACGAGUGUUGCGAAACAAAAGAGAAUUUAAUUAAUUGUCCAAAUUGUCCAAUAGCGAGUUUUUGCAAAGAACACGAAGAAAGUGAAACUCAUGAAGAAUAUUGUAAAGUAAUGAAUACAUAUUUAAAUGUAUUGACAACGGCCGAGAAAUUAAAUAUUGAUUUAGAUUUUCUAUCGUCUGGUUUUCCAUUUACUGGAGAGAAAGGUGAUUCUCUAGAUGAACUCACAGUGACAUACAAAACAAUCGAUAUGGACCCAUAUGUAUUUAUAUCGAGUGAAUGUAAAAUUUUUCUCACUAAUUUUAUUGACUUGACUUCAAAAAUUAAUAACGCUUUACAAAAAAUACACGACACGUUUCCAGAGGAAUUGACAAUUCACAUCGAUGAUUUCACCUAUGAUAUAUCAGUAGGAGUAGUUAAUUUUUGGGAAUUUCUCUUGCAUCUCAAUCCAGGGAUAAAAAAAUUAAAAAUCGUCAUGACUACAUCUCGAGAUGCAUCUAGAUUAAAGAAGUCUAUUUGUAAAAAUUGCCAUUUGGAGAAAAGAAAUUUCAUUCUUGAAACUUUGGAAAAAUCUUACGAAGAUUACAUGCUGGAGGAAAAUUAUCAAGAACCGAACCUUCUGUUUUAUGUUCAAAUCAACAUUAAAAGUAUCUCUGAAAGAUUAAAUAAGUGGAGUGAAUUAAAUUGUCCCAUUAUUCUACAAUUCGAUUCAAACUCCAAUUUUUGUGAAGCACAACAUUUUCUCUCGUCUUCUAGAGCAAAGUUUCGAUUUAUUCACGAGGGACAAUUGAAAACCCCGUUCAGUACAUUAUCUUCAAUUGAAAAUAAAGAUUAUUUUAUAAUUUUACAAUCAAAGGGAAGCAAAGAACUUGAAAAAUCUGUUUGUUCGGCAAGAGGCGAAAUCUGUGAGGAAAAAAUUGGCACAAAGAGUAAACGAUCAUCGAAACGUUCAUUUGCAACUAUUUCCGAAGCUGGAGAAGAGGAGAAAGGCGAGAAGAAUAAAAAAUCAAAAACUGAAAAUUGUUCAAAGUCUAUCGAUAAGGAAAAUUUUGAUCCAAAUGAAGAAGGAAUUGUUGCAAAAAAGAACGUUGAAGUUAAUUCUUCUCAAUCGUUUCUAAUCGAACACAUUUCGUUUCUCAAUAAUGAAAUCGAAGGCUUACGAAAGCAGUUAAAUUUAUCAAUUAAUGAGGUAACGAAACUGCAAACAAAACUCGAUUAAGACAAAAUUUAACGUGGGAUUUUCGAUUCUAAAGAGACUUCAGUGUGCGAAAA